AAAUACCCCUCCCUUAAACCCUCCGCCUCCGCCGCCGCCUCUCCUCCUCCGCCGCCAUGCGCCGCUUCCUCCGAGCCCUCCGCCCGCUCCAAACCCUAUCCAUAACCCCCGCCCCCGCCGUACCCGCCCCACUCCGCCUCCUCUCCUCCACCUCGGCGGCCGCGUCCUCGGACUCCGACUCCGUCCCCUCCCCCGCCCCCGCCGCGGACGCCGACUUCGACAGCGUCGACUACGCCCUCCCCACCCCGGGCUCCGCCCCCUCGCGCAACAACCCUGUCGCCGCGCUAAGGAAGCUCCGGUUUGACCCCUCCCUCCGCGCGCGCGCCGACGAAGCGCUCUUCAGUAAGGGGCUGGACGGGGCGGCCGUGGGGGAGGAGGAGGAGGAGCGGUCGCGGGACGUGGCGCUUGCGCUGCUCGAGGCGGCGCUGGAGCCACCCGACGAGGAUGGCGACGAAGGCCCCGGGGAGGUCAGGGAGGAGGACCAGAUGUCGCUAUCUGUUGGGAUCGUUGGCGCGCCCAACGCCGGCAAGUCCUCUCUCACCAACACCAUGGUUGGGACGAAAGUGGCUGCAGUCUCCCGCAAGACAAAUACUACGACUCAUGAAGUUUUGGGGGUGCUGACAAAAGGGAAAACCCAGAUAUGCUUCUUUGACACCCCAGGGCUCAUGUUAGGGCACCAUGGAUUUCCUCAUAGGGAUGUCACGGUUCGUGUGGAGAGUGCCUGGAGCUCAAUUAACCUCUAUGAUCUACUAAUAGUCAUGUUUGAUGUCAACAGGCAUCUUAAAAUGCCUGAUUCACGAGUUAUAAAGUUAGUCAAACGUUUGGGAGCUGAGGUAAACCCAAACCAGAGGCGUAUAUUAUGCAUGAAUAAGGUUGACCUGGUGGAAGACAAAAAAGACCUACUUAAAGUUGCAAAGGAAUUUGAAGGUCUUCCUGGAUAUGAAAGGUACUUCAUGGUAUCUGGACUAAAAGGCAAGGGAGUGAAAGACCUUGUACAGUACUUGAUGGACCAGGCAGUACAAAGAUCUUGGGAUGAAGAACCAACUGUGAUGACUGAAGAGGUUAUGAAAUCCAUAUCGCUGGAGGUUGUGCGAGAGAAGAUGUUGCAUCACAUUCAUCAAGAAAUCCCCUAUGUAAUUGAGCAUCGUUUGAUGGAUUGGAAGGAGCUAAAGGAUGGUUCUCUUAGGGUGGAGCAGCACUUCAUUACACCAAAGCAAAGCCAACGUCAGAUUCUUGUUGGAAAAAAUGGCUCUAAGAUUGGGAGAAUUGGUAUUGAAGCCAACGAAGAACUGAGGUCCAUAUUCAAGAGAGAUGUCCAUCUAAUUCUCCAAGUUAGAGUUGCUAAAAAGAGGAGUGCUUGAACAGAAUUUAUUGCGCCUGUAUAGACUGCUGAUCUGAGAACUGCAGUACAGUGCUGGCAGAAUGCAUUCACGAGACAUUUGAUUAGACAGCCGGUGCUUUGAUACAACUUCCGCUCGAAUCAAGGCACUAAACUGUGCCCAAACAUGCGGAGUAUGAGAUGUGAUUAUGAUAAUAAGCUAGCUCAGCAAUAUUUUGCAUGAUCUAGCGGACAAGGAAAUGGCUCGCAAAGUGGUGAGCUGCUGCACACUCGGCUUAUGUUGUUCGUGAUAUAGAUACAUCUGUACUAGACUACUGCUAUCAUUUUACUUUCUUUCUGGUUCGAAACUUCAAAUAGCUCCUCCUCUGAUGUCUGUAUCUUGAUAGAUGCUUGUCACACUGUUGUAAUAACCUGAUGACCAGUCUGGUCGUCUUCAGGAUGCUGUCGAAGACAAAAUUUGCUAGUUCCACUGUGAUCUUUACUCCUGUUGUUCCUGCAUGUUUGGAACAGCAGAAAAUUUGGAAGGAAUUAUGUGUGGCUUGACAA